AGUGACAUCAUGUAGGAACUCACAGUGCACCUUUAAUGUUGCUUCAGCAGAACAGCUCAAUCUCAUCGAGCAGACUGCUAACAAUUUUCUUUUGUAAUCUGAGGCACAUUUUUUUUCAUUUCAUGAAAAAGGAUUAAGAGACUGAAAAUGACAGAUGUAAAGCCCACUGAGCUCAUCUUCAUUUGUUUCAUGCUGCUUCAAGGUUUUGUGGCAUCAUUGAACUGCACCAGCCCAACUCCUGAAUCCUUGGUUGAUGCACUUGAGAAGAAUGUAUUCCCUAAAAAACUAGUGCGACCUGUGAAAAGCUUUUCAAGUACAGUUAACAUAACCAUUGGUAUCACUGUGGUGGGAAUUAUAGGAGUGGAUGAAAAAUCCCAAACCCUAACAACACUCGUAUGGCAAGUUCUGGAGUGGAACAUAGAGGGACUGAGCUGGGAUGAGGAGGAAUGUGGAACUACAAGAGUCUCUGUCCCUCGAGAACAACUUUGGGUCCCAGACAUCAACAUCGCAGAGUACAUGGAUGAAGACAAAGCUCCCAAAACUCCCUAUGUGUACUUAUACAACACAGGUCAUGUAUUUGAUGAUAAGCCACUCAGAGUGGUCAGCUCCUGCCGAUUAGUAAUCUACACUUUUCCCUUUGAUAUCCAGAACUGCUCUCUGACAUUUGGACCAUAUCUACACUUUGCUACGGACAUAAGGAUGAUUCAAGGCCUCACGUCUGAAGAGAUCCUAAAUCAGUCCCAAGAUGUGUUGCAGACCAAUGGGGAGUGGGAGCUCACAGGUAUCAGUGUAGCUCCUUCUACCUUGGCGUUACAUGAGGGAAGCUACUCUGAGAUCAAAUACUAUAUCAUUCUGAGACGUAGGCCAGUGCUCUAUGUGGUGAACCUGCUGAUCCCCAGCUGCUUCCUCAUCACAGUGGACCUCUUCAGCUUCCUGCUGCCUCUUCAGACUGUGGACCGGUCCUCCUUCAAGAUGACCCUCAUCCUGGGCUACACCGUCUUCCUGCUCAUCAUGAAUGACCUGCUGCCUGUCACUGGGGAGACAACACCUCUCAUCAACGUUUUCUUCUCCAUCAGCCUCGCUCUGAUGGUGGGCAGCCUGUUGGAGACGGUGUUGAUCACUAAUAUCCAGUGCGGCUCCAGCCAGUACAGUGCGGUGCCUCACUGGCUCAGUGUCCUCGUGCUACAAUAUCUAGCUGUUGUCGUUUUUCUUCCUCAAAAGAAAAAGAGCAACCAAACCACUGUCUUCCUCAACCCAUCUCUUAGAGCAAAGAAUUCCAGCAACACCGACAUCUCAGAGAUUCAUCUUCAGCGCGUCUUUGGUGAUACACCGCCAGUGAAACCCCCCCCAGACCAGGCCCUGGAUGAACUGAGGAAGCUGAGCAGAGAUCUCCUGGCCAUACUCAGCUGGCCUACCCACCCGGUCCCCUCCUCGCAGCUCCCCGCUCAUUCCGUCUCCGCUCUCGCUUCCAGCCUUCCCCUCUUCGGCUCCUUUGCUACUCGGGCCCCCUCCUCCUCGGACUUCUCGGCCUCCCCGUCCUCCCAGAGCUCCCGCUCCUUCCCCAGCCUCAGCCCUCGUGCCUUCACCCUGGUCCCUGGUAUCAACAACACAGCUAACAGGAUUAACAGCCUGAAAAUGACAGAUAUAAAGGCCGCUGAGCUCAUCUUCAUUUGUUUCAUGCUGCUUCAAGGUUUUGUGGCAUCAUUGAACUGCACCAGCCCAACUCCUGAAUCCUUGGUUGAUGUCCUUGAGAAGAAUGUAUUCCCUAAAAAACUAGUGCGACCUGUGAAAAGCUUUUCAAGUACAGUUAACAUAACCAUUGAUAUCACUGUGGUGGGAAUUAUAGGAGUGGAUGAAAAAUCCCAAACCCUAACAACACUCUUAUGGCAAGUUCUGGAGUGGAACAUAGAGGGACUGAGCUGGGAUGAGGAGGAAUGUGGAACUACAAGAGUCUCUGUCCCUCGAGAACAACUUUGGGUCCCAGACAUCAACAUCGCAGAGUACAUGGAUGAAGACAAAGCUCCCAAAACUCCCUAUGUGUACUUAUACAACACAGGUCAUGUAUUUGAUGAUAAGCCACUCAGAGUGGUCAGCUCCUGCCGAUUAGUAAUCUACACUUUUCCCUUUGAUAUACAAAACUGCUCUCUGACAUUUGGACCAUAUCUACACUUUGCUACGGACAUAAGGAUGAUUCAAGGCCUCACGUCUGAAGAGAUCCUAAAUCAGUCCCAAGAUGUGUUGCAGACCAAUGGGGAGUGGGAGCUCACAGGUAUCAGUGUAGCUCCUUCUACCUUGGCGUUACAUGAGGGAAGCUACUCUGAGAUCAAAUACUAUAUCAUUCUGAGACGUAGGCCAGUGCUCUAUGUGGUGAACCUGUUGAUCCCCAGCUGCUUCCUCAUCACAGUGGACCUCUUCAGCUUCCUGCUGCCUCUUCAGACUGUGGACCGGUCCUCCUUCAAGAUGACCCUCAUCCUGGGCUACACCGUCUUCCUGCUCAUCAUGAAUGACCUGCUGCCUGUCACUGGGGAGACAACACCUCUCAUCAACGUUUUCUUCUCCAUCAGCCUCGCUCUGAUGGUGGGCAGCCUGUUGGAGACGGUGUUGAUCACUAAUAUCCAGUGCGGCUCCAGCCAGUACAGUGCGGUGCCUCACUGGCUCAGUAUCCUCGUGCUACGAUAUCUAGCUGUUGUCGUUUUUCUCCCCAGGAAGAAAAAGAGCAGCCAACACACUGUCUUCCUCAACCCAUCUCUUGGAGCAAAGAAUUCCAGCAACACCGACAUCUCAGCGAUUCAUCUUCAGCGCGUCUUUGGUGAUACACCGCCAGUGAAACCCCCCCCAGAGCCGGCCCUGGAUGAACUGAGGAAGCUGAGCAGAGAUCUCCUGGCCAUACGCCUCCAGGUAGACAAACACUUCCAGGGGAGCGAAACCUCGCAGGAAUGGCAAAUGAUCGGGAUAGUGAUCGACCGUCUGCUGUUUGGCUUGUACAUUGUCUUCAUCGCUGUCAGCUUCAUCACCAUCAUAUGUCUCUGGAGCAAACAUUAUGCAGCAUGAUUUAACCAGAGGGUUAUACGCAUGAUUGACAUAUCAGCAGUUUAUAUGCUGUAUUCUGAGAUGUGGCACAUGUUGAUAACUCUAUCAAGGAACACAAUGUAAGUUUCUGGAUCUUGAGAGUUGUAUUUGUCAGAGAUUUGAAGAACAUGAAUUUUCAUAUACAGAUGGGGUUUCCAUCUAUCGUAUCACUAUCCAUCCAGCAGUUAUUGAGAGAUGUUUGAGUUUCACUCAAAACCACAUGGCUGCAUGGCUAAUAAAAAAGAAAAAGCAGUUGGCCUGCUGGUAAUGAAGAAGAAUGUUUGUCAUUUGGUAGAAGAUUGUUGUUUUAAAUUCUGAUAAUAUGACCAUCACACCGAUUUCUCUU